CUCAAUCCGACAACUUUCAUAUUUAUAAAUAUAGAUGAUCAAAGGUGGAUAGGUUGAGGCAGUGGUUUGUGAACCCCAGCUCAAUCCAUAGAUGGGCAUGGAGACAUCAGAAUUAGGCAUAACUACUGGUUGUAAUAAGCUACCCUUGACUACUACAUUCAUCCAAACCGACACAAAUGCCUUCCGAGAAGUAGUGCAGCGUUUAACAGGCACCAGCAGCCCGCCAUCUGAUCCUGCACAACAAGCACAACUCAAGAGAACGAGCGCAGGCACGAUAACGAGCACCAGCAUUCCUAAUAAUAUUACUAAUAGUACUGUUAGGAAGACCAAGACAUGGUCAUCGACGCAGACUUGCAAACUUCAUGAAAGAAGACAGUACAUGAAGAUGAGGCCCAAGCUUGAGAUAGUGAAGCCACCCACCAUGACCUUUCAUUCCAAGCCACCCAGUUCAUCAAGUUCAAGCCCCUCAGUACCGAGCCCUUGUACAAUAUUCUCAAAGCUGUCUAUAUUGCAGCUGGAACAAGCUGAAGAAAACAAAUCAACGAAUACUCAAGAAGAAGAAGAGAGAGCAAUUCAAGAGAGGAGAUUUUACUUGCAUCCAUCACCCUGCGGGUGCAGGCCACCUGAACUCCUUACCUUGUUCCCUCUUACAUCUCCCAAAUCAUGUCAAAAGGAAUGAUCAUUUCCCACAAAA